AGGUGAUACCUGCUAAGCGCGCCCCGCCUACCCAGAGACUGGGAGGAACCUGGAAAAUCCUCACGUGAGGGGAAGCGCAGGCGAGUAGGCUGGCCAAGGAGCAGGGCCUGCACCCGUGGUCUCAUAGAGCCUGGCCUGUUCUGGAAGAGCACCUAGUUGUUCCUUCUAGGCUGCCCAAGCCCCAUUGAUGAUGGCUGAGAGGGAGGAGGAUGAUGACACUGAGGAAGCCUGGCUGCAGCUGCGGCCCACGGAACCCUUGCCCUCCCAGUGCUGCGGCAGUGGCCGCUCGCCCUGUGUGUUUGACCUCUAUCACCGAGACCUGGCAAGGUGGGAGGCAGCCCAAGCCAGCAAGGACAGGAGCCUGCUGCGUGGGCCAGAGUCACAGAGGGAUAGUAGAUGACUUAGAAAUUCAGAGAGCCUAUAUGCCCAUCAGCCCUGCCAAUGCAGAAGGAUACUUUGAAGUGUUAAUUAAGUGCUACCAGAUGGGGCUGAUGUCCCGGUAUGUUGAGUCCUGGAGAGUAGGAGACACAGCUUUCUGGCGAAGACCUUUCGGAGAUUUCUUCUAUAAACCAAACCAGUAUGGUGAGCUCCUCAUGCUGGCUGAGGGCACAGGCCUGGCCCCCAUGAUGCCCAUCCUGCAGAGCAUCACAGACAAUGAGAAGGACGAGACUUUUGUCACUCUGGUCGGUUGCUUUAAGACCUUUGAGAGCAUCUACCUGAAAACCUUCCUCCAAGAGCAGGCCCGUUUCUGGAAUGUCCGUACCUUCUUUAUACUCAGCCAGGAGAGCUCCUCAGAGCAGCUUCCCUGGAGUUACCAAGAGAAAACUCGCUUUGGCCACCUGGGCCAGGACCUAAUUAAAGAGCUGGUCAGCUGCUGUCAGAGAAAGCCAUUCACACUGGUCUGUGGCUCGGCUGAGUUCACCAAAGACAUAGCCAGAUGCUUACUGUGCACAGGCCUCACUGAGAACUCCUAUUUCCUCUUCUAGCCCUGGCCUCCCUUCCAAAGCCUAGGCCAUGGGCCUGCUACUGGGACCCAGGAAGGAGCACAGACUGGAAUCAGAACACAUGGAGUCCAGGCCUGGUCCUGCUGCUCAUUUGCCAGGUGACCUUGGGCAAGUGUCUUUACUGCUCAGAACCUCUACUUCUCAUCUGCCCCAUGAGGUUAAUCCCUCCUCCUGGCCUCCUACUAUGUGGAAGGAGGACGGGCUGUAGGGACCACGAGGAGGUGAGCAACCAGCCUGAGAGUCAGGGAGGACUCCUCAGAGGAAGCCAAGUCCAGGCUGAGCCCCAGGAGGAGUAGGAGUUGGGCAGGGGAAAAGUUGGGAGGAGCUUCCCUGCCCCUCUGAUUAGAGGAUCUAAUGGGGGCUCCAGCUGUGGCCUUAGCACCAUCUCAGGUUAGGGGUUCCUGAGCGUGUAGGGAAGGACACAGGAGAGGCUUAGAGCUCUUUGGAGGAGGAUUCUGCCUUUCCUCCAGUGCCAUGAGCCUGACACACGAAGGUCUUGGGUUCUAUGACUUGACCAUGUCUGGAUAGCAAGGUGGGGCCCUCGACUGUCUUUGUAUUGGCCCCAAGCCUUUCUUGCUGUGAACAGCUUCAUUCUCAGUCCCCUUUCCUGGCUCAAAAAUCGAACCUAGCAAAAGAAGAGGCAUGGGAAGGAAACGCCCCUCCCUUCUCCUGCAGGCAGCCACUCAGCCUGUGCCUUCAGCUCGGUGCCCUGGUGACUGUUGCUAUGGAGAUCUAAAGAUAGAGCAGGAGUCAGGAGACCUGGGUCCCUCUCCCAGCUUGUCCCACUGAGCGGCUGCCGAUCCCGGUCCACCUACCCCAGGAACCCGGCACCCCCUCCCAGGAACCCAGUGCCCCUGGGCAGCGCACUGCAGUUAAUGAAUUCUGCCUUCCACAGCCUGGGCUCCAGCAUGCUGCACCAGCUUGGGCUAGCUACAGGCAGUCCCAGAAUUGGAAUAUUAAGCCAUGGAAUCUUAGAGUUAGACUUUUAUAGUCAUAGAAGUGUACUCCUCACCAUAUCAAAGCUGAAAGUUCAGGACUCUAAGAAACAUACAGUGUGACAGGCUUACCGUAUACACAGGAAACUGAAGCCCAAUGAGACUAAAUGACUUGCCCAGGGUAAAACAGUCCAUGGCAGAGCGAGCACUAGAAGCCUCCUAGCUUCAACCUCAUGUGCCAGUUCUGCACCAGUGGUUUUCAAACUGCGCUCCACAGGAAACAAGGGUUCUUUGCAUAGCAGCAGUGAAAGGGCAGCUCCAGAUGGAUCCCCAGUCCCCCCUUCAAC